AUGGAGGUCGACAACCCGGCCCAGUCCAUACAACAACUGAAAGAGAGUUCUAACAAUGGCGAGAUCGAUGAGUCGCUGUACUCACGUCAGCUCUACGUGCUGGGACACGAGGCAAUGAAGCGCAUGGGCUCAUCAAAUGUGCUCAUUGUCGGACUUCGUGGUCUUGGUGUGGAAAUCGCAAAGGACAUUGCGCUGGCAGGCGUCAAGAGCUUGACACUUUUUGAUCCACGACCGGCUGCCAUCUCCGACCUCUCGUCUCAGUUCUUCCUGCAUCCUGAGGAUGUGGGUAAGCCUCGAGAUGCUGUGACGAUUCCUCGGGUGGCUGAACUCAACCCGUACACUCCUGUGACGCCGCAUGGCAGCCAGAGCAUUACAGAUGAUCUCUCUCAGCUCAAGCGCUACCAGGUAGUCGUUUUGACGGACACUCCUCUCAAGCAACAAAUUCAGAUCGCCGAUUACUGUCACGCCAACGGUGUCUACAUCGUCAUCGCUGACACUUUCGGUCUGUUCGGGUCCAUCUUCACAGACUUCGGUAAAAACUUCGCUGUCGGCGAUCCCACUGGUGAGAAUCCACUGAAUGGAAUCGUUGCUGGCAUCGACUCAGAAGGUCUGGUGUCGGCGCUCGACGAGACACGACAUGGAUUGGAAGACGGAGACUUUGUAACAUUCACGGAGGUGGAAGGCAUGGAAAAGCUAAACGACGGAACACCGCGAAAGAUUUCGGUCAAAGGACCUUACACAUUCUCCAUCGGCGAUGUUUCGGGACUAGGAACAUACAAGCGUGGCGGUCUUUACCAACAAGUAAAGAUGCCCAAGAUUCUUGACUUUGAGCCAUUAAGCCAACAACUCAAGGCACCUGAGCACCUCAUCUCGGACUUCGCCAAGUUCGACCGACCGGGGCAACUACAUGCUGGCUUCCAAGCACUACACGCAUUUGCGGAGCAACACAACGGAGAGUUACCACGGCCUCACAAUGAUGAGGAUGCAGCCAAGGUCCUCAAAUUAGCGCAAGAAAUUGCAGCUUCCUCUGAGGAGAAGCCAGAACUGGAUGAGAAAGUCAUCAAGGAGCUUUCCUACCAAGCGCGAGGUGAUCUCUCGCCAAUGGCGGCAUUCUUCGGUGGUCUCGCCGCGCAAGAAGUCCUCAAGUCGGUGUCCGGCAAAUUCCACCCUAUCAAGCAAUGGAUGUACUUCGACUCCCUAGAAUCGCUUCCGACGUCAGUCAAGCGAGGUGAAGAGUUGUGCAAGCCGCUGGGUACUCGCUACGACGGACAAAUUGCAGUGUUUGGUAAGGAGUUUCAGGACAAGAUCUCGAAUGUGAAGCAAUUCCUUGUCGGUGCCGGCGCCAUUGGCUGUGAAAUGCUGAAGAAUUGGGCUAUGAUUGGUCUAGCGACUGGUCCUCGGGGCAAGAUUAGCGUCACUGACAUGGACCAGAUUGAGAAGAGCAACUUGAACCGACAAUUUCUCUUCAGAUCAAAGGAUGUUGGCAAGCUCAAAAGUGAAUGUGCUUCUCAAGCGGUACAGGCCAUGAAUCCCGAUCUCAAGGGAAAGAUCGAUAUGCUCAAGGAUCGUGUGGCGCAGGACACCGAACACGUCUUCAACGAGGAUUUCUGGGAAUCUCAGGAUGGUGUGACAAACGCGUUGGACAAUGUCGAUGCUCGUACAUACGUUGACCGACGCUGUGUAUUCUUCCACAAACCAUUGAUCGACAGCGGUACCCUCGGUACGAAAGGAAACACACAGGUUGUGCUCCCGAGAAAGACCGAGUCUUAUUCAAGCUCAGUUGAUCCCCCAGAGCAGUCUUUCCCAAUGUGCACCCUGAAGUCGUUCCCCAACCGCAUCGAACAUACUAUCGCAUGGUCCAAGGAUCUCUUCCACACCUACUUCGCUGCUCCUGCAGAGACCGUCAACCUUUACAUCACACAACCCGACUACAUUGGCACCUCGCUCAAGCAAGCUGGCAACGAGAAACAAACUCUCGAGAUCCUUCGGGACUCCCUUGUCACUGAGAAGCCAACUUCUUUUGAGGAUUGUAUCGAGUGGGCGCGUGUGCAAUUUGAGAAGCAAUACACGAAUGCUAUUCAACAGCUUCUCUACAACUUCCCGAAAGACUCAACCACGUCGACCGGUCAACCAUUCUGGUCAGGGCCCAAGCGAGCACCAGACCCACUCGUCUUUAACCCUGCAGAUGCCACUCACAUGUCUUUUGUUGUUGCUGGUGCUAAUUUGCACGCUUUCAAUUACGGCAUCAAAGGCCACAGCAAUGAGAAAGCCAUCGCGGCGGUGAUCGACCGCAUGGUCAUUCCUGACUUCAGCCCCGAUUCGAACGUCAAGAUUCAAGCCGACGAGAAAGAGCCAGACCCGAACGCAAAUGCGCCUCCAGAUGACAAUGAGGUUCUUGAGCAGAUCGUUCAGUCUCUUCCAUCGCCGAGCAGCCUGGGUGGCUUCCGCAUGGAACCUGUAGAGUUUGAGAAGGAUGAUGACACCAACCACCACAUCGACUUCAUCACUGCUGCAUCAAACCUGCGCGCGGAGAACUACAAGAUCAUCACUGCCGAUCGUCACAAGACCAAAUUCAUCGCUGGUAAAAUUAUCCCAGCUAUCGCCACUACCACGGCGCUUGUCACCGGUCUGGUGGUGCUCGAGCUGUACAAGAUCAUCGACGGUAAAGACGACAUCGAACAAUACAAGAACGGUUUCGUCAACCUUGCCCUGCCAUUCUUUGGCUUCAGUGAGCCGAUCGCAAGUCCUAAAGGAACAUACAAGGGCCCUGACGGCGAUGUCGAGAUCGACAAGCUGUGGGAUCGUUUCGAGAUCGAAGACGUCACGUUGCAACAAUUCUUGGAUGAUUUUGAGAAGAAGGGUCUCAGCGUCAGCAUGGUCAGCUCUGGCGUCAGCUUGUUGUACGCAAGCUUCUACCCGGCGAGCAAAAACAAAGACCGCCUGCCCAUGAAGAUGUCGGAUCUCGUCGAGCAUAUCUCGAAGAAGAAAAUCCCCGAUCACCAGAAGAACGUCAUCUUCGAAAUCACCGCGGAGGACACGACCGAGGAGGAUGUCGAGAUCCCAUACGUCAUGCUCAAGCUGAGCAAGUGA